AUGCUGAAGACGACGCAUGCGACAAUGCAGGAUGUUUCAACGUCUGCAAUCAUGACAGAAAACGGGCAUAGUGGGGGUUGCGCCGCGAGUGGUGGGCUAGUUCCGAGAUGGCCAGUUGAAAUUGUAGGUAUCCUAGCGACAGAGCAUAAAUCAGAGCCAAAUUCUGACAGUCGUAUAUCGUCAGAAUGUCGCCGUCAUACUGUGAUAUCUAAGGGAGGAUACCGAGAGUCUCCCGACGCGGAAAGCCCUGCAAAGGUUUUUUAG